AUAUAUAGUGCUUACAUUGCUUUUCUUUGUUCAAAACUGUGUAUCAAAAAGUAUAUUUUAAACAUAUAAUUUUGAGGAGAGAAUUUAUUUGUGAUUCGUUUUGAAGAUGGGUAAACGCAAAUUUAAUUUUUUGCUGCAGAUACUAUCUACAUUUAUGUUAGUAGUUAAUUGUCAGGAAAAAAGUUUUCAAGAGCUGAUCAGAUAUUUGGAUAGUGGAAUCGACGAUACUGUGAACCCUUGUGAUAAUUUUUACGAUUACGCUUGUGGUAAUUGGGCUCGAAAUAAUCCAAAACCAGAUGGAUUUAAUAUUUGGAACCUAAAUCAAAUUGCAAAGAAUAACAUUAUUUCAAAGAUGAGAAAUAUUUUAGAAAGUGAUAUUUUUGAAGAAAAUGUGCAACUUGCUAUGGAGAGAAAAUAUUACCGAGCCUGUUUGAACGCAGAAGCCACACUAUCUACAGCAAGAAAAUUCAGUAGAGACAUGAUAAUCGAAAGUACAGAAUUAAUGACAAAUUGGCAAGGUGUAGCUGAAUAUUAUGCUAGUAAAUUUGGUUCUAAUUUUCUUUUUCAUAUUGCACUCAAAUCCAGUACAUUACAGAUUCUAAGACCACGUGAAGCAAGAUCAAACAAAAUGAAAAAUGGAAAAUUAUUCGAGAAUCAUAUAAAUAAUUAUUUGAAAACUAUUACUCACACCAGAUUGUUAGAGUAUUCAAGACAAUCAAUUAAUUUUUUUAAUAAGGAAUUUAAAAAAUUUGUAGUAUCUGUAAGACAGCUUGUGUUUUCUCCAAAAUCUGAAUUGAAGAACAUUACUAUUUCAGAAUUGCAAGAAAUUUAUAAUCGUUAUUGCCCUCCAGAAAAUUAUCAUACACAUGUAAAUUGGUAUAAUUUUCUUCAGAAACAUGCUGAGGGUAGUGAAGUAGUAUUUGAAAAUUCAAGUCACAUGAAUAUUGAUAUUGAUUAUUUAGUUAAUUUAUGUGAAAUCAUAAGUCAAACAUCAAGUAUUGUAAUCGUAAGUUACAUGCAGUACAAUUUUCUCUAUGAUGUGCAAGUAGCUUUUUAUCUUAGCACUAAUAAAAAUCAUCUGGAUUAUAAUAAAACAUCCUAUUCAUGCAUCGACGGAUUGCCGCUAAAAGAAAAGAUUUAUGAGUUAUUAGCGGAUUCUGAUGAAUUUUACGAAAAAGAGGAAACGGGCAAUAUAGUAUUUGAAGGUCUAAAAAGUGUAUUAAAAAGUGAAAUUAAAAAUAGCUGGUUCGAUAAUGCUACAAAAAACAAAGCAUUAAAAGUGGUGAGAAAAAUGAAGUAUUGUUUAAGUAGAACUGAUUUUCCCUUAAUUAAAAGAGAGUUGGAAAGAAUUUCGUACAAGUUUAAUAUUGGAUCCCUAGCUCUAGAGAAUUUAAUAAAUUUCAGAAAAGCUCAAACUUUAUAUAAAAUUCAAUUAUCUCAACAAUCUGUGGACGUUAGAAGAAGAAAGAAAAGAAAUAUACACAUUAAUGCUGCUUACGAUAGUGUAUCGAAUUUUUUAUGUGUAACGACAGGAUUUUUUUUCGCACCACUUUUUGAACCAAAGGCACAUUUAAUAUCAUAUUUAUAUGGAAUUAUGGGACAUAAGAUCGGUCACGAACUUUCUCACGCUUUUGAUUUUUCCCGUAUUAUACAAUAUAUGGGGGAUUAUAUUUCUAAUAAUGAACUGAUGAAUUCAACAUUUCUUAAAAAGAAAGAUUGCAUGGUCCGGCAUUUUAACAAUCUCAGGAUUGACGGACAUACAACUUUAAAUGAGAAUGUUGCUGAUACACAAGGAUUAAAAUUGGCAUUUAAAUUGCUUAGAAGAUUAAUUGUUGAUGACGUGGUACAAAAAAAAGAAAUUGAACGUUAUUUCUUUUUGUCUUUUGCAAAUGGUUAUUGUGAGAGUCGUGACACUCCAUUUACUGAUACAAUUCAUUCACCACCUAUGUUACGUGUCAUUGGAACAUUAAUGAAUAUGCCUGAAUUCGCAGAAUUAUAUCAUUGCGAAGAAGGACGAACUAUGAAUCCAAGGGAAAAAUGUGACUUGUGGUCUGUACCAAGUGAACCCAUGGAAAUGUAAAAUGAAAUUUUUUCUUCCAUGUAAACGAAAAAAAGAAAUUUACAUAAAUGUAUGACAUAAUUGAAAAAAUAAACAUAUUUUUUUAACUCAUACGUUUAUAACAAUAAAAAGAAAAUAAA